AUGCUCAUUCUUUCUGACAACCUCACUGCUGUCACCACCCUCAAGGAAGAUCUCAAGUCUCGCUUCGAGAUGACCGACCUUGGCGAAGCACGGUGGCUCCUCGGCAUGGAAAUCACUCGUGAUCGUCCUCGCCGUGUCCUCGAGCUCUCGCAACACCAGUAUGUCGAGAAGUGUCUCGCACAAUAUGGUAUGGCCGAUUGCCGCCCGGUCAGCACACCUAUGGCACAGAACCAGAAGCUCGUCAAGCUCUCGGAGGCGGAGAUCGACCCGAAGCCUUACCAGAGCGCGCUUGGCUCUCUCAUGUAUGCAAUGAUCGGGACUCACCCCGACCUUGCGUUCACAGUGAGCGCGUUGAGCCAGCAUGCUGCAACACCAGGCAAGGAGCACUGGAUUGCUCUUAUGCGAGUCUAUCGCUACCUGCGUGGGACAGCAGACAAGAAGCUUGUCUAUUGUGGCACUACCAAGGAGAAGGAACCCCUUCUCGGAUACGUGGAUGCAGAUUGGGCAGCGAACAUCAACGACCGUCGAUCGGUCACAGGUUUUGUUUUCCUCAUAUCGGAAGGCGCUGUCAGCUGGUCUUCAAAGAGGCAGCACUCGACGGCGCAGUCCAGCACUGAAGCUGAGUAUAUGGCUGGAGCUCAUGGUACAAAGGAAGCAGUCUGGCUUCGCACUUUCCUCUCGGAGAUUGGACAGGUUCAGAAGGGCCCUACUCCAUUGCUCAUCGACAAUCAGUCCGCCAUCGCGCUAUCCAAAAAUGCUGCUUUCCAUGAACGCACCAAGCACAUUGCCGUCCGCUACCACUUCAUCCGCGAGAAGUAUGACUCCGGCGAGAUCGAACCUGAGUACGUUCCUACCGGAAAUCAGGUUGCUGAUGUCUUGACGAAGGGGCUUCCUCGUGAGAAGCAUGAGAAGUUUUCAGCGGGGAUGGGCUUGGCUUAA